CUAUUCUUUGCCGCUCAGACAUAACUUGAGCACCCUCAGAAGCCUCGUACCAGGCCCCGAGCAUACCGUUCGCUGUAUAGGAAGACAACACAUCGCAUAUACAUCAUGGCCGACGACGCCGCCACCACGUCCGCUGAGGAACCCCAGGUCACAUUCAACGUCAAGGCUGCGAACGACCAGAAGCAUGUCCUCACUCUGCCAAACACCACCACAGUCGCCGACCUCAAGGCCAAGCUGUCAGCAUCCGAAUACGCAGACGUCCCCGCCGAGCGCCAACGCCUGAUCUACUCGGGCCGCGUGCUGAAGGACCACGAUACGCUUUCGAGUGUCAAGAUCAAGGACGGACACACAGUACAUCUGGUCAAGGGCGCAGCGAGCAAUGCUAGGCAAAAUCCCGCAAACCAGGGCACAUCCAGCACAACUGGUGGCGCGCCGACCCCGCAGGUACCAACCAACAUCGCCGCAGGAACAGGAAACAACCCUCUUGCGGCUCUCACUGGAGCGCGGCACGCUGGCUUCCAUGGUCUGCCUGGUAUAGACAUGUUUGGCCCAGAUGGAGGUAUGGGCCCACCACCAAGUCAGGAUGCCAUGCUGGAGAUGAUGGACAACCCCAUGUUCCUGUCACAGAUGAAUGAGGCCAUGAACAACCCACAAGUAGUCGACAUGAUGAUGCAGAACCCGAUGAUCCGCGACAACCCAAUAAUGGCAAGAGAUGCUCAGGAACGAGGACACCCGCCGCAUCGACUGUUCAGCCCAGAAAAUGAUGCGCAUGCAAUUACAGAUGCAGCGAGCCAUGAACCGGAACGGCGGAGGUGGAGGUUCGAGUUUCCCAGCUCCUGGCGCCACAGACAACACACCACAAGCAAGCGCAACAGCAACAGGCGGAGGUGCAACUGCUACACCAAACCAGCCAAACACAACUGGCGCGACCGAUCCUGCGGCAGCCGGAGCUGCACAACCGAACCCGUUCGCUAGCCUUUUCGCUGGAGGCGCAAGCCCAUUCGCCCCACAGCAGCCGAACACGGGAGACUCGAAUGCGAACCCGAACGCGGCAAAUCCAUUCGGUAACAUAUUUGGCGGAGGAGCGCAAGGCGGCGGCGCGAACCCGAUUGCAGACGGCGUUCAGAGAUUGAUGCAGAACCCAGAAGCAAUGCAACAGAUGAUGCAGAUGAUGAACGGGGCUGGAGGAGGCGCAAAUCCAUUCGGCGGCGCAGGCGCAGGCGCAGGCGCGGCACCCGGAACAGGUUCUCAGGCACCAAAUCCGUUCGCCGCACUCAUGGGAGGCGGAGGCUUUGGCGGCGGCUUUGGAACACCUCCAGCACCAGCAGACACCCGACCCCCGGAGCAGGUGUACGAGUCACAACUUGCACAGCUGAACGAGAUGGGCUUCUACGAGUUCGAUCGCAACGUCUCUGCACUACGAAGGAGUGGCGGUAAUGUCCAAGGUGCAAUCGAGUACCUGCUCAACGGCGGGUCAUAGACUGCCCGUCGCCUGAGUGCGCAAGAGGAGGAACAGAUCAACCAGUACGAACGCAACGAACGCUAGGAGUAUUGUGGCGGUAGUACUCCAUCGACCCGAGUGGUUUCGAAUCCCAGCGAACUAGACGAGGUCAACUUUAACAGAAGCGAGUGCGGCUCGUGGGACUUGUCAGAUGACGAAUACUCUGUGAACGGUCGGGGAUAUUCCUGAGGAGCUGCUGAUGUGGAAGACGUUUUCUAGUAGAUACAGAUACAGAUACCAGAGGCAUUUUUGUUUCAAUGCCAGGACAUGAUUGAUCACAACUAUACUCUUGCAUUUGA